AAAUGGAAGAAAACUUAGGGAAUAACAACGAUUUGAUAUACUACACCGUAUUUUUAGGUGUCAUGACUAUUCCAACGCUGUUGCUGCUUGUGAAUACUGGAUUCAGGACUUAUAAGGAGCUUAAGCAGGAUUAUUAUGACCUUUUUAGGAUCGGACAAUAUGCAUUCUUAAUAGUCUAUCUCGUAUCAUGGAUGUUCUUCUACAUUUUUAUCAUGUCUUCUGAUAUUAUAUCAGUUUAUGAAAUAGCUGUCUGUAUUGCGAGUGGUACUAACAUGGGAUAUAUAGUUAUCAACCUUCUGUUAUGGGUGUUGAUUAUUAUUCACCUUGAUAACCUUGUGAAAAAGGAGGAAGAUAUCGAGAAAUUCAUCAGAAACAGAAGGAGAAUCAAGAGAAUCGAAGUCAUAAGUAUUCUGUUUGCAAUGAUUAUCUGCUUCACUGUUUUAAGCUUAAAUGGAGUAUCAGCAUGGAGAUCCAUUCAAGCUAAAAUUGAUGAUAAGGCACAAAACAGUUUUGAUGAUGUUGAUAAAGUAUCUUGUUGGUUAUCUAUUGCUUUGUACGUCUUCUUUAUAGUUAGCGAGAUUCUUCUUGUUAUGAAGUUAAUGAAAUUGGUCAAGAAGUACUGAAAUUAUGAUAAGCAAUAUAGCAAGUACUUUCCCUGGCUUGCUGGAAGUAAUGUAAUUUAUUAUACUUUUCAGUUAAUUACUUUCAUAAUUAUGAUGGUUUAUAAGCAGACAUAUUGCGAGAUUUCUCAGCUUAACAAAGAAACAAAAUCUUCAAAUUAUUUUCCAAGAAUAGCAAAAGCUGUUCUUUUCUUCUUUAACAACAACCUGCCUCUAUUAUAUGCUUAUUUGAACAUUAAAAAUGUGAGUUUUAAGCUAUAUAUCGUGAAUACCUUGGCAGGAAUACAUAAACCCAAUCUCUGUCCUGCAAGGAUCUCUCUGUUUAUUGUUGUAUCAUGUAAAUCUGACCGUGAAGUCUCACAAUAUGAAGGGUCAACGGUUGGCGAGCCGAGUAUUAACGAAUACAGUAGUGAUAGACCUGAUGUGUACCUUCUUUAUGAAGACAUGGAUCAAGACGAGCCUAGAAUUGUAAAUCCUGUGAACAUACUCAACUAACCGUCUGCUGAUUUCAUGGAUAAGAAUAGUAACUAAUAAUGC